ACAAAGUCACAAACCAUUUAUCAUUCCUUGUCCCAACUUUUCCUUUAGCCUACAGCAGACACCAAAUAUGAAGAGAGAGGGUCGCCAACAUGGGAUGGUUAGGACCUACAGGAUCCUACCAUCUUCAAUAAACCCGAGACCCGAAACCCGAGUCGUCAACAAAUACGAUUCGCCCCUGACUGCUGGGUUAUUUACCAAGGUGCCAUCCAAGCCCACCAACCACUCCAAGUUCACGGGCAAGUGUGGCACACCAGGGUGCACAGGGUGUCAUGACCACCCAGCAUGUAAGUCCAAGAACAAGACCAAGGGGACCCGUAAGCUGAAGUCACACGAUGUCGUUUCCAACUCUCGGUUAAUCAGCUGGCGGGUCAUGGAUAGGAAACCCGGCUUGAAUUUUUCUGGGUUUUCUGCCACAGGUAUUUUGGACCAUCUUUAUAAUGAUCAUGCCAAUGAUGAUGAUGAUGAUGAUGAAGAAGUUUAUAGUGAUAUUAAUGAGUAUGAUCACGUAUAUUAUGGUUAUGGGUCUUCAAAUAAUGGGGACAACAAGGCAGAGAUUGAGAUUAAAGAAGAUGAUGACGAAAAAAGUGAUGGUAAUGAUGAUGAUAAAAUGAGUUUUUGUGAUGUGGGAUUCGUGUUGGACCAAGCUGAAGGAGAUGAAGGUUGGUGUCUAGUGGAAGAAAUGUGAUUGCUAUAAUCUAUUGUUAAUUUAUUGAGUCCAUUGUGGAUUAUUCCCUUUUAUUAUUAUAUCUUUAUUGUGCUUCCUUUUUAAAUGUAUCUAAAAUUGUACUGAGAGGAUUAUGUCUUCUUGAGGAUCAAGAUAUGGAUGCUUUAACAUCUACUCUACUUGUGAUGUAGAUUUUUAAUAUGGAAGGACCAAAAAUUAG